CUUUUCUAGUAGACUGUCCACCACUGAUUUGCAAAAGCCCUUAUCCUAUCUCAUCAUUAUGGUCACAAAAUAACCAUUUCUAACAGCACAUGGAACAAAACUAAAACACAAAUUGGAAAAAAGGAAGGCAAGUAGCCAUGUUUUCCUCAACAACCAGACAACUGUUUCACAUAACACAUAAUUCCCAAGUGCAAAUUUGUCCUUCAAGGUCUAUUCCUCUUUCAACUUUGUUCAUCACCAACAAGAACAACAACUACAACAAUAAAAAUAAGUUCUUUAACCUCAGCGAGUUUUCUAGUUGCCAGAAUUUGUCAGUUGUGGUGAAAGCAACUGGUGGGGAUGGCAGCAUUUCAUCUAAAGGUCAAGAUUAUGAAGAUGGGGUUUCUUUGGGAACAAUGAAAUUGCCUAUGGAUAUUGAUCUUGCAAGAUUUGAAACUCUACUUUUUCAGUGGGCUAACAGUCUUUGUCAAGGAGCUAUGUUGCCACUUCCGGUGCCUCUAAAGGUUGAUAAAAUUCCUCGCGGAGCUAGAGUUUGCUUUAUUACAGUUGACGGUGCUCAAACUGAAGUGAUUGCAUAUAUAGAUUGUAUGGUUUUCCCUGCUACUGAGAACUCACCUCCAAUAUUUCGAGCCAUACGAAAUGGACCCUCUAGAGAUAACCCGCCUCCCGGAGAGCCAAGAAUUAUGAGAAGCCUUUUAGGUGCCCUUCAGAAAUCUGUUGAGAUAGCUAGAGUUUGAAAGUUGGGAACACUUUUUUCCUAUUCCAAAAGAAUGUUCUUUCUUUCAACACCCUUUUAAUUAUGUAUAAAAGCAUUUCUAUUUUCUGUUAUAACUUCCUGAUUAAUCAAUAUAGCACAGCUUCUUCAAA